AUGUCUACAGAGGCGCUCCGGCCUAAGAAAGGCCUUGAACGACUGGAAGAUGGAAGACCUCGAUUUCGUGGCUGCUCCAGAAUUACUGACUACGAGUAUCUUGGCAAACUCGGUGAAGGGACGUUCGGAGAAGUGUCAAAGGCACGAUCCAAAAAGACGGGACAAAUUGUGGCGCUGAAAAAGGUCUUGAUGCAUAACGAGAAAGAUGGAUUUCCCAUAACGGCUCUCCGAGAAAUCAAAUUGUUGAAGCAACUCGAUCACGUCAACAUAUUGAAGUUGGAAGAAAUGGCCGUCGAACGGCCCAAGAACGAGCGCAAGAAGCCGAGCAUGUAUAUGGUUACGCCAUACAUGGAUCAUGAUUUGUCAGGCCUCUUGGAAAACCCAGACGUUCAUUUCACCGAGUCACAGAUCAAAUGCUAUAUGAAACAACUUCUCGAGGGUUGCGCAUAUCUGCAUGAGAACAAAAUCCUCCAUCGAGACAUGAAAGCGGCCAACUUGCUGAUCAACAACCGGGGAGUCCUUCAAAUUGCGGAUUUUGGUCUAGCACGACCUUACGAUGACGAACCUCCCAAGCCUGGACAUGGAGGAGGCGAAGCCACCAGAGAAUACACCACCUUGGUCGUCACCCGAUGGUAUCGUCCACCCGAACUUCUCCUUCAGUUGCGCAAAUACACUACGGCGAUCGACAUGUGGGGAGUUGGUUGUGUUUUCGGCGAGAUGUUCAAAAGAAAACCCAUUUUGACGGGAAACAGUGACUUGAACCAAGCACAACUUAUUUUCGAACUCGUUGGUUCUCCUACCGAAGAAACCAUGCCCGGUUGGCGUGACCUCCCCGGCUGCGAGAAUAUUACAGAAUUUGGACAACACCCAUCCACCCUCUCGCGUGUCUUCCGUGAGCUCAGUCCCCUUGCGCUCUCACUGUUGAGCGAACUCCUGAAAUUGGAUUGGCGAAAACGAAUAAAUGCUAUAGAUGCACUACAACACCCUUACUUCCACUCCGAACCAUACCCCGCCAGACCAGGUGAUCUUCCUUCAUUCGAAGACUCUCAUGAACUCGAUCGAAAGAAAUUUAGAGACCAAAAAUCAAAACCACCCCCUGCACCCGCUGGCGGAUCAGUGGGAAUUGGACCACAAGGAGAAUGGGGUAUCAGCGGUCGCCCGAUUCCUCCGUAUGAAGGAAGGGGAGGUGGCGGCCCUGGCUCUCGGGUUCCUGGUGGUCGACCGUACGCAAAUGGGCAUAACAAUCAAGGAUACCAUCGUCGGCCACACGGUCCUCCUGCUCAGAAUGGUGCUUAUGGCGGCGAUUAUCGGGGACCGAUCCAGCAACCACCCCAUCGAGAUGGACCUCCUUAUGACCAAGGCCACCGACCACCUUACGAUCAAUCAAGAAUAGCCCCUCCUUCACAGCCAUAUGAGGAUAAUUUCUCACGUCGCCCUCCGGCAGAACAUACCUUGCCACCGCGACCUCCGAAUCCCGACAUCGACCACUAUCGCUACGGGCUCUCAGAAGCGCCUCCUUAUCGUGACGAUGGUCGUGGUCCUCCACCAAUGCGAUCUCGUGUGCCUCCGGGAGCAGGCGGCGCAAAUCCGGACAGCCGAAGACCGAAUCAUGAUCGUGAUACAUAUAUUCCGCCCUACUCCAAUGCCGAUCCCAAUGCGCGGGUCCCGAACGCAAAGAACCGACGAAGAGAUGAUCGCCCGCCUUACCGAGACGGCCAGCAUUCUCAUCCACAUGGCCCUCCUGAUCACGGCGAGCCGAUGCGGUAUGACGAUGCUGGACCAGAUCGAGAUCGUGAUCGAGACCGAGACAGACGGCCGAGAAGUCGAAGUCCAAUGCGUGAUUGGGAGAGGGAUAGAGAUAGAGAUUGGGAGCGAGACAGAGACAGAGACGUGCACCGGGAAAGAGAUCGAGCGAGAGACUGGGACAGAGACAGGGAUCGGGACCGGGAGCGCGAUCACAGAGACAGAGACAGAGAUCGAGAUCGCAACAGGGGAUAUGGGAUGCAAGAUCCGUAUCGAAGAUGA